GACGGGGCGGACGGCGUCGGGGUCGCGGCGCCUGCAGCUGUUCGAGGGCGGCUUCCCGGCGGAGGCUCAGUCGGCUCCUCUCUCCCGAGUCUGUGGCGGCGGCGGCUCCUGCGCUCUCCUCCCUCCCGCGUCUCCGGCUGCAGGUGAAAGGAAAGCCAGCCAGGAUGGAUAUUUACGACACUCAGACCUUGGGGGUUGUGGUCUUUGGCGGGUUCAUGGUGGUUUCCGCCAUCGGCAUCUUCCUGGUGUCCACCUUCUCCAUGAAGGAGACGUCAUAUGAAGAAGCCCUCGCCAACCAGCGCAAAGAGAUGGCGAAAACUCACCACCAGAAAGUAGAGAAGAAAAAGAAAGAGAAGACAGUGGAAAAGAAAGGAAAGACCAAGAAAAAGGAAGAGAAACCCAAUGGGAAGAUCCCGGACCAUGAACUGGGCCCCAACGUGACCAUUCUCCUCAAAGACCCAGUGCGGGCACCUGCUAUGGCUGUGGCCCCAACCCCAGUCCAGUCCCCUGUGGUCAUUGCUCCUGUAGCCACCGUAACAGCCAUGCCCCAAGAGAAGCCAGCCUCCUCCCCUAAGGACAAAAAGAAGAAGGAGAAAAAAGUAGCAAAGGUGGAACCAGCAGUCAGUUCUGUAGUGAAUUCCGUCCAGGUUCUCACCUCCAAGGCUGCCAUCUUGGAAGCCGCUCCUAAGGAGGUGCCUAUGGUUGUUGUGCCCCCUGUGGGUGCCAAGGCCAGUGCCCCAGGCACUGGCACUGCCCAGGGCAAGAAGGCAGAGGGUGCCCAGAGCCAGGGCAAAAAGGGGGAGGGAACCCCAAACCAAGGGAAAAAGGGGGAUGGAGCUCAGAACCAGGGCAAGAAAGGGGAGGGGGCCCCAAACCAGGGCAAGAAGGGGGAAGGGGCCCAAAACCAAGGUAAGAAGGGGGAGGGAACCCCAAACCAGGGUAAGAAGGGGGAGGGUGCCCCAAACCAGAGCAAGAAGGGGGAGGGAACCCCAAACCAGGGCAAGAAGACUGAGGGGUCCCCAAACCAGGGCAAGAAGGCAGAAGGGUCCCCAAACCAGGGUAAGAUGGCAGAAGGAACACUAACCCAGGGUAAAAAGGCUGAGGGGGCCCCAAAUCAAGGCAAGAAGGCAGAGGGGGCCCAGAACCAGAGUAAGAAGGGAGAAGGGGCCCAGAACCAGGGUAAGAAGACAGAGGGGGCCCAGAACCAGGGUAAGAAGGGAGAGGGGGCCCAGAACCAGGGUAAGAAGGGAGAGGGGGCCCAGAACCAGGGUAAGAAGGGGGAGGGGGCCCAGAACCAGGGUAAGAACGCAGAGGGGGCCCAGAACCAGGGUAAGAAGGCAGAGGGGCCCCAGAACCAGGGUAAGAAGGGAGAAGGAGCCCAGAACCAAGGUAAGAAGGGGGAGGGGGCCCAGAACCAGGGUAAGAAGGGAGAUGGGGCCCAGAACCAGAGUAAGAAGGGAGAGGGGGCCCAGAACCAGGGUAAGAAGACAGAGGGGACCCAGAACCAGGGUAAGAAGGGAGAUGGGGCCCAGAACCAGGGUAAGAAGACAGAGGGGACUCAGAACCAGGGUAAGAAGGGAGAUGGGGCCCAGAACCAGGGUAAGAAGGGAGAUGGGGCCCAGAACCAGGGUAAGAAGGCAGAGGGAAGCCCAAACCAGGGCAAAAAAGCAGAAGGGGCUCCCAACCAGAGCAAAAAAGGGGAAGGGGCUCCCAACCAGGGCAAAAAUGUAGAGGGAACUCCAAACCAGGGCAAGAAGGCAGAGGGGACCCAGAACCAGGGCAAAAGGGGGGAGGGGGCCCAGAACCAGGGCAAGAAGGGGGAGGGGGCCCAGAAUCAAGGCAAAAAGGGGGAGGGGGCUCCUAACCAGAGCAAAAAGGCAGAUUCUGUUGCUAAUCAGGGCACAAAGGCAGAGACGAACCAGGGGAAAAAGGCAGAGGGGGCCCCCAAUCAAGGCAAAAAGUCAGAGGGAACCCCCAACCAGGGCAAAAAGGCAGAAGGGUCUCCCAACCAGGGCAAAAAGGGGGAUGGGGCUGCCAAUCAAGGUAAAAAGACAGAGUCAGCUCCUAUCCAAGGCAAAAAUACAGACGUAGUCCAGAGCCAAGAGGCACCAAAGCAAGAGGCGCCUGCAAAGAAGAAGUCUGGUUCAAAGAAAAAAGGUGAGCCUGGGCCCCCGGACUCUGACAGCCCUCUCUACCUGCCCUAUAAGACACUGGUCUCCACGGUUGGAAGCAUGGUGUUCAACGAGGGCGAGGCCCAGCGGCUCAUCGAGAUCCUGUCCGAGAAGGCGGGCAUCAUUCAGGACACCUGGCAUAAGGCCACUCAGAAGGGCGACCCCGUGGCGAUUCUGAAACGACAGCUGGAAGAGAAGGAGAAGCUGCUGGCCACGGAGCAGGAAGACGCGGCUGUCGCCAAGAGCAAACUGAGGGAGCUCAACAAGGAGAUGGCAGCAGAAAAGGCCAAGGCAGCAGCCGGGGAGGCCAAGGUGAAGAAGCAGCUGGUGGCCCGGGAGCAGGAGAUCGCAGCUGUGCAGGCGCGCAUGCAGGCCAGCUACCGUGAGCACGUGAAGGAGGUGCAGCAGCUGCAGGGCAAGAUCCGAACUCUUCAGGAGCAGCUGGAGAACGGCCCCAACACGCAGCUGGCCCGGCUACAGCAGGAGAACUCCAUCCUGAGGGAUGCCCUGAACCAGGCCACCAGCCAGGUGGAGAGCAAGCAGAACGCGGAGCUGGCCAAGCUCCGGCAGGAGCUCAGCAAGGUCAGCAAGGAGCUGGUGGAGAAGUCGGAGGCCGCGCGGCAGGAGGAGCAACAGCGGAAGGCCUUGGAGGCCAAGGCAGCUGCCUUCGAGAAGCAGGUCCUGCAGCUGCAGGUGUCUCACAAGGAGAGCGAGGAGGCCCUGCAGAAGCGCCUGGACGAGGUCAGCCGGGAGCUGUGCCGCGUGCAGACCAGCCAUGCCAGCCUGCGGGCGGAUGCCGAGAAAGCCCAGGAGCAGCAGCAGCGGGUGGCUGAGCUGCACAGCAAACUGCAGUCCUCUGAAGCGGAGGUGAAGAGCAAGUGUGAGGAGCUGAGCGGCCUCCACGGGCAGCUCCAGGAGGCCAGGGCGGAGAACUCACAGCUCACGGAGAGGAUCCAGUCCAUCGAGGCCCUGCUGGAGGCGGGCCAGGCUCGGGAUGCCCAGGCCAGCCGAGCAGAAGCAGAGCAGCAGCAGGCCCGCCUCAGGGAGCUGGAGGCCCAGGUGUCUUGUCUGGAGAAGGAGGCCACGGAGCUGAAGGAGGCCGUGGAGCAGCAGAAAGGAAAGAACAACGACCUCCGAGAGAAGAACUGGAAGGCGAUGGAGGCGCUGGCCUCGGCCGAGAGGGCCUGCGAGGAGAAGCUGCGCUCCCUGACCCAGGCCAAGGAGGAAUCGGAGAAGCAGCUCCGCCUAACUGAGGCCCAGACCAAGGAGGCCCUGCUUGCGCUGGUGCCAGAGCUGUCGGGCUCAGCACACCAGAGUUACACCGAGUGGCUGCAGGAACUCCGAGAGAGAGGCCCUGGGCUGCUGAAGCAGCCUCCUGCUGCCACGGAGCCCUCCUCGGACCUGGCCUCUAAGCUGCGGGAGGCCGAGGAGACGCAGAACACACUGCAGGCCGAGUGCGACCAGUACCGCACCAUCCUGGCAGAGACGGAGGGCAUGCUCAAAGACCUGCAGAAGAGUGUCGAGGAGGAGGAGCAGGUGUGGAAGGCGAAGGUGGGCGCCACAGAGGAGGAGCUACAAAAGUCGCGGGUCACCGUGAGACAUCUCGAAGAAGUUGUGGAGAAGCUCAAAGCAGAGCUUGAAAGUUCAGAUCAGGUGCGGGAACACACCUCGCAUCUGGAGGCGGAGCUGGAGAAGCACAUGGCGGCUGCCAGCGCCGAGUGCCAGAACUACGCCAGGGAAGUGGCUGGGUUGAGGCAGCUGCUGCUGGACUCUCAGUCCCAGCUGGAUGCGGCCAAGAGCGAAGCGCAGAAGCAGAGCGACGAACUCGCCCUGGUCAGGCAGCAGUUGAGUGAGAUGAAGAGCCACGUAGAGGAUGGUGACGUAGCUGGGUCCCCAGCUGCUCCCUCAGAGGACCCUGUACAGCUGAAGACGCAGCUGGAGCGGACAGAAGCCGUCCUGGAGGACGAGCAGUCUCGGCGGCAGAAGCUCACAGCUGAGUUUGAAGAGGCUCAGACAGCAGCGUGUCAGCUACAGGAGGAGCUGGAAAAGCUUCGCGCCACCGGCCCCCUGGAGUCCCCAGGCGCAGAGGAAGCCGUGCAGCUGAAGGAGCGACUAGACAAAGAGAAGAAGUUAACAAGUGACCUGGGGCGCGCUGCCACCAAACUGCAGGAGCUUUUGAAGACAACCCAGGAGCAGCUAGCAAAGGAGAAAGACACAGUGAAGAAACUGCAGGAGCAGCUGGCAAAAACAGACGGGAACGGCGCCAAGGAGGGUACCUCCGUCUGAGUCUCCUCUGCCGAAGACCCUACUGUUAACUUUACCAAAAUGCCUUACACAUUCCUUUUACAAGUAAAUCAGCCAACCGCCACAGCGUUCACCAGGCCCACCCUCCAGGGGCUCCGGGAGAAGCCAUCAGAGACGAAGCUUGCAGACUGCCAUUCGUCAAAGAACCUUUGUCUCGGUGGAUAAACACUAUGCCCGCGAGCCCAGCAGCCCUGGAUGAGGGCUGCGCAACUCGGGCAGAUCCUGGGGGUUAGCUGGGAGGCCGGGAGCUCGGAUCUCCAUGGCAAUCAGUGCAAUUGUUGUGUCUCCGCAGUGGGGCGGGAGGCAGCCGGCCCGGGCCAAGUGCUCAGAAGCUGCAGGGCAAACUGGAGGGCCGCAGCCCAGCCCCACUCAGCCUGGCUGCAGCCCCUGACCCCUGCGAGUUGCCAACCGGAACUGGUGUUACCUCCUGGAUGUUAAUGCCAUUAAAACCAACGUUGUUGCCCAG